AUGGGGCUGGCCUGGGGACUCGCUGUCCUGCUCCUGUUGCACGUCUGCGGCUCCAACCGCAUUCCAGAGUCUGGGGGAGACAACAGUGUGUUUGACAUCUUUGAACUCACCGGAGCUGCCCGCAAGGGCUCUGGGCGCCGACUGGUGAAGGGUCCUGACCCUUCUAGCCCAGCUUUCCGCAUCGAGGAUGCCAACCUGAUCCCCCCUGUGCCUGACAAGAAGUUCCAAGACCUAGUGGAUGCUGUGCGGGCGGAGAAAGGUUUCCUCCUCUUGGCCUCCCUGAGGCAAAUGAAGAAGACCCGAGGCACCCUGCUGGCCGUGGAGCGGAAAGACCACUCUGGCCAGCUCUUCAGCGUGGUCUCCAACGGCAAGGCGGGCACCCUGGACCUGAGCCUGACCGUGCAGGGGAAGCAGCACGUGGUGUCGGUGGAAGAAGCACUCCUGGCGACUGGCCAGUGGAAGAGCAUCACCCUGUUUGUGCAGGAGGACAGGGCCCAGCUGUACAUCGACUGUGAGAAGAUGGAGAAUGCGGAGCUGGAUGUCCCCAUCCAGAGCAUCUUCACCAGGGACCUGGCCAGCAUCGCCAGACUCCGCAUUGCCAAAGGAGGUGUCAAUGACAAUUUCCAGGGGGUGCUGCAGAAUGUAAGGUUCGUCUUUGGAACCACACCAGAAGACAUCCUCAGGAACAAAGGCUGCUCCAGCUCUACCAGCGUCUUUCUCACCCUUGACAACAACGUGGUGAAUGGGUCCAGCCCUGCCAUCCGCACCGACUACAUUGGCCACAAGACAAAGGACCUGCAGGCCAUCUGUGGCAUCUCAUGUGACGAGCUGUCCAGCAUGGUCCUGGAGCUCAGGGGUCUACGCACCAUUGUGACCGCGCUGCAGGACAGUAUCCGCAAAGUGACUGAAGAGAACAAAGAGCUGGCCAACGAGCUGAGGAGGCCCCCACUCUGCUACCACAACGGGGUCCAGUACAGGACGGGAGACGAGUGGACAGUGGACAGCUGCACCGAGUGUCGCUGCCAGAACUCGGUUACCAUCUGCAAAAAAGUGUCCUGUCCCAUCAUGCCCUGCUCCAACGCCACAGUUCCUGAUGGAGAAUGCUGCCCACGGUGCUGGCCCAGCGACUCUGCAGACGAUGGCUGGUCCCCAUGGUCUGAGUGGACCUCUUGCUCUGUGACCUGUGGCAAUGGAAUCCAGCAGCGUGGCCGCUCCUGCGACAGCCUCAACAACAGAUGCGAGGGCUCCUCUGUGCAGACACGGACCUGCCACAUCCAGGAGUGUGAUAAGAGAUUUAAACAGGAUGGCGGCUGGAGCCACUGGUCCCCCUGGUCGUCUUGUUCUGUAACAUGUGGAGACGGUGUGAUCACAAGGAUCCGGCUCUGCAACUCUCCCAGCCCCCAGAUGAAUGGGAAGCCAUGUGAGGGCAAGGCCCGGGAGACCAAAGCCUGCCAGAAAGACGCCUGCCCCAUCAAUGGAGGCUGGGGACCCUGGUCACCAUGGGACAUCUGUUCUGUCACCUGUGGAGGAGGGGUACAGAAACGUAGCCGGCUCUGCAACAACCCCACACCCCAGUUUGGAGGCAAGGACUGCAUUGGUGAUGUGACAGAAAACCAGAUCUGCAACAAGCAGGACUGUCCCAUUGAUGGAUGCCUGUCCAAUCCCUGCUUUGCUGGUGUCCAGUGUACCAGCUACCCUGAUGGCAGCUGGAAGUGUGGUGCCUGUCCCCCAGGCUACAGUGGAGAUGGCGUCGCGUGCAAAGAUGUUGAUGAGUGCAAAGAAGUCCCUGAUGCCUGCUUCAACCACAAUGGAGAGCACAGGUGUGAGAACACAGACCCUGGCUACAACUGCCUGCCCUGCCCACCGCGCUUCACUGGCUCUCAGCCCUUCGGCCGGGGCGUGGAACACGCCACCGCCAACAAACAGGUAUGCAAGCCCCGAAACCCCUGCACAGACGGGACACACGACUGCAACAAGAACGCCAAGUGCAACUACCUGGGCCACUACAGCGACCCCAUGUACCGCUGCGAGUGCAAGCCUGGCUACGCCGGCAACGGCAUCAUCUGUGGGGAGGACACGGACUUGGAUGGCUGGCCCAACGAGGACCUGGUGUGCGUUGCCAAUGCAACUUACCACUGCAAAAAGGAUAAUUGCCCCAACCUUCCCAACUCAGGGCAGGAAGACUAUGACAAGGAUGGAAUCGGUGAUGCCUGUGAUGAUGAUGAUGACAAUGACAAGAUUCCAGAUGACAGGGACAACUGUCCAUUCCAUUACAACCCAGCUCAGUAUGACUAUGACAGAGAUGACGUGGGAGACCGCUGUGACAACUGCCCCUACAACCACAACCCAGACCAGGCUGACACAGAUAACAAUGGGGAAGGAGACGCCUGCGCAGCUGACAUUGAUGGCGAUGGUAUCCUCAAUGAACGGGACAACUGCCAGUAUGUCUACAAUGUGGACCAGAAAGACACUGACAUGGAUGGGGUUGGUGAUCAGUGUGACAACUGCCCCCUGGAACACAAUCCAGACCAGCUUGACUCUGACUCAGACCGCAUUGGAGACACCUGUGACAACAAUCAGGAUAUUGAUGAAGACGGCCACCAGAACAACCUGGACAACUGUCCCUACGUGCCCAAUGCCAACCAGGCUGACCAUGACAAGGAUGGCAAAGGAGAUGCCUGCGACCAUGAUGACGACAAUGAUGGCAUUCCUGAUGACCGGGACAACUGCAGGCUGGUGCCCAAUCCUGACCAGAAGGACUCUGACGGUGAUGGUCGAGGUGAUGCUUGCAAAGAUGAUUUUGACCAGGACAAGGUGCCAGAUAUUGAUGACAUCUGUCCCGAAAAUGUUGAUAUCAGUGAGACUGAUUUCCGCCGAUUCCAGAUGAUUCCUCUAGAUCCCAAAGGGACAUCCCAGAACGACCCUAACUGGGUUGUACGCCAUCAGGGUAAAGAACUCGUCCAGACUGUCAACUGUGACCCUGGACUUGCUGUAGGUUAUGACGAAUUUAAUGCUGUGGACUUCAGCGGCACCUUCUUCAUCAACACUGAGAGGGAUGACGACUAUGCCGGCUUUGUGUUUGGCUACCAGUCCAGCAGCCGCUUCUAUGUUGUGAUGUGGAAGCAAGUCACUCAAUCCUACUGGGACACCAACCCCACGAGGGCUCAGGGAUACUCUGGACUUUCUGUGAAGGUUGUGAACUCCACCACAGGGCCUGGCGAGCACCUGCGGAAUGCACUGUGGCACACAGGAAACACCCCUGGCCAGGUGCGCACACUGUGGCAUGACCCUCGUCACAUUGGCUGGAAAGAUUUCACCGCCUACAGAUGGCGUCUGAGCCACAGGCCAAAGACAGGUUUCAUCAGAGUGGUGAUGUAUGAAGGGAAGAAGAUCAUGGCUGACUCAGGACCCAUCUAUGACAAAACCUAUGCUGGUGGCAGGCUAGGCUUGUUCGUCUUCUCUCAAGAAAUGGUGUUCUUCUCCGACCUGAAAUAUGAAUGCAGAGAUUCCUAA